UGAAUCUUGCUCCGAAAGAUCUAUUAGCUGCCUCUAAAACAUAAUCUCAUCGAACACUACAGACAGACCUCUCCCAACACCACGCGAGCCUCUCGAUACUCCGGCGAUUGAGUUCGGCACGCUUCGACGUCUUCUGGAUCGGUUGGGGCUUGUGGGUUCUUGGGGAAUGAGGAAUUUGGAUAUGAAUACGGAUCUUUUCGACCCGAGGUCGGUGAUGGACUCGGAUUUCUCGCGGGGUCCAUCGGCUGGGGAAGCCGAUUUUGGGUUCGCUUUCAACGAUAGCAACUUUUCCGACCGGGUGCUCAGGAUCGAGAUCGUGGCUGACCCGGCCGAAAAUGGGCCCGAUUCGGAGGGGUGCACCAGUAUUGCCGAUUGGGCCAGGCACCGGAAGCGGAGGCGAGAGGAUAUCAAGAAAGAAACAGUUCUGGAUCUCACUGCAUGCCCUGAGGAGCAAAUUUUGAACUGUAACCAGCCUGAUAUGGAUGAUGGUGCAGGCUGUGAAAACCCAGAUGAGGAAGUAGAUGCAAUGAGUGAAGAAUCACGUUCAGGUGAUGAAGCUGGAAAUAGCAACGAUUCUAGUUGGAUCACGGAUUGUCCUGCAGUUUUAAGAGUUAAAACAUUACAUAUUAGCUCUCCUAUUUUGGCAGCCAAAAGUCCGUUCUUCUAUAAGUUAUUCUCAAAUGGGAUGAGAGAGUCAGAGCAGCGACAUGUAACCCUUACCAUCAAUGCCUCCGAAGAGGUUGCCCUCAUGGAGCUACUGAAUUUUAUGUACAUCAAUACCUUAUCCGUCACGACAGCUCCUGCUUUGCUGGACGUUCUUAUGGCUGCAGACAAAUAUGAGGUCGCCUCUUGCAUGAGGUAUUGCAGUCGACUAUUGCGGAAUAUGCCAAUGACACCUGAGUCUGCAUUGCAUUAUCUUGAGCUUCCUUCCAGUGUUUUAAUCGGUGAAGCGGUCCAGCCAUUGACUGACACUGCAAAGCAGUACCUUGCUGCCUACUAUAAGGACAUCACCAAGUUCCAGGAAGAGGUGAUGGCCUUGCCCCUUGCUGGAGUAGAGGCAGUAUUGUCCAGUGAUGAUCUCCAGGUUGCAUCAGAGGAUACUGUGUAUGACUUUGUGUUGAAAUGGGCUAGGAAUCAGUACCCAAAACUGGAGGAGCGGAGAGAUAUCCUUGGCACGCGCCUGGCACGCUUCAUUCGCUUCCCUUUCAUGAGCUGCCGGAAGCUUAGGAAGGUUUUAACCUGUAAUGAUUUUGAUAAUGAGGUGGCAACCAAACUCGUAAUGGAGGCCCUCUUUUUUAAGGCCGAGGUGCCACACCGCCAACGCAUUCUGGUUGCAGAAGAGUCCACCACCCCAGCCCGUCGCUAUGUGGAGCGGGCCUACAAGUACCGCCCUGUCAAGGUGGUAGAAUUUGAACUUCCCAGACAGCAGUGCGUGGUUUACCUGGACCUGAAGCGGGAAGAGUGUGCAAAUUUGUUCCCUUCUGGACGGGUGUAUUCACAGGCAUUUCAUCUGGGUGGCCAAGGGUUCUUCCUGUCGGCUCACUGCAACAUGGACCAGCAGAGCUCUUUCCACUGCUUUGGGCUGUUUUUAGGGAUGCAGGAAAAGGGGUCAGUGACAUUUGCAGUAGACUAUGAAUUUGCAGCAAGAUCAAAACCAACCGAGGAAUUUUUCAGUAAAUACAAAGGCAACUACACGUUCACCGGGGGCAAGGCAGUCGGCUACCGAAACUUAUUUGCCACACCAUGGACUUCCUUCAUGGCUGAGGAUAGUCUCUACUUUAUCAAUGGAGUCCUCCAUCUCAGAGCUGAGCUUACCAUCAGCACAUUUUCUCCCAAAUGCUUGUAAUAAACCAGGCAUUACACUCCUCUCGAGAUACUUUCUGUAGCAGAUUGUUGAGUGAUGAUUCCAAAUAAUUCUCUCGUUCUGUGUCUGCUUGUGCGGUAGAAGGAACGAGGGUAAAAUGUAAAUAGGUUUGAGUAGGUUGCAGAAUCAAUACCGUUUUCGAGUUCUGUUUUCCUUUCC